ACUGACCAAAUGAACCCUAUACAAAGAAGAGCAAGAUGUUGGGGUAUUUACCAAAGGAGAUACAACUAUUGGUCUGAACAGGUCACUUCUCAGGAGCAGAAAGAUGGAAACUCAGUAGGAAGUGAUGCUCACGUGGACACUCGAGUAAGAUACACUCCCUAUGGCAUUCCACCCUAUCGUCGGAGAGGCAAUUUUCAGAUGCAAGACCUAACCCAUGUUAACAUGGACACAGACAAAAAGCCUCCAGAGAGAAAAGUGGAGAGAAUCAGGCAGGAUGAGACUUUGGGGAGCUGGUUCAAGAUCACAAUUCCAUUUGGCAUAAAGUAUGAGGAGAAGUGGCUGCUGAGUUUGAUUCAGAAGCACUGCGGUGUCCCAUUCACCCCAGUCGAAUUUCACUAUGAGAAAAUGCAGGCCCAGUUCUUUGUGGAGAAUGCCAACAUUGCCUUCGCGCUGAGGAAUGUCAGUGGCAAGAUUUACAAUGAGGCUAAGGAAAGGAUAUCGGUCUUUGUGGACCCCUGUGAUGCACCCCACUCUGUGCAGAAGGAGCUGAGGUCAGCAAAGGUGGAGCAGAUGAAGCUGACCUUGAACAGACAAAAUGAGGGCUCCCAGAAAUCUCUUCACAUCCAGAGACUCCGUUUGGACCCUGGCUUGAUGAUCUCUGGCAUGGGAACAGCACAGAAUCCUGGAAAUGCCAUGACCACCUGCCUGCAGCUCUAUGGAGAGAAUGUGCCCAAGCUUUUGUCCUUGGACCUGAGCAACUGGAAACCCUACCAGCUGGUUGGCCUGCCCAACACUGUGGAGCAUGCUUCCCACAUCAAGAACUUGAACCUCUCCAACACUGAGGUGAAGUCUGCAUGGGAGAUGGACAAGGUCCAGUGGCUGGAGCCAGAUGAGAUGUGUGCAGACAGAAACCCCCUGUGCACCACCUUUCCUGAUAAGUCAAGCAGCAUAAGCUCCAUCCUGGAAUUGUUCCCCAAGUUGCUAUGCUUGGAUGGCCAGGAGACACCCCCAGCAACUCACCGUGGUGCUGAAGCCCGCCAGUGCCUACCGAGGUGCAAGGGGAGCUUCUUUGGAUCCAAUGAGCUGAAGAGUCUAGUCCUGCAAUUCCUGCAGCAGUAUUACUUGAUCCAUGACUAUGGAGACCGGCAGUACCUCCUGGGUGCUUAUCACGACGAGGCCUGCUUCUCCCUGACCAUUCCCUUCAACCCCCAGGACCCAGCCUCAAGUAGCUUCUACCAGUACCUUGAGGAAAAUAGGAACGUGAAGAAGCUCAAGGACCCCUUCCUGCAGGUCAAACUGCUGAAGCACACAAAAUGUGACAUUGUGGGGGCCCUCUGUGUAUUGCCACAAACUCGGCAUGACUUCAGCUCCUUCGUGGUGGACAUAUGGUUCCAGACGGAAACGAUGCUCUGCUUCUCUGUCAAUGGGGUGUUCAAGGAAGUGGGAGGCUGGUCUCAGGGCUGUGUUCGUGCCUUUACCCGAACCUUCAUCACUACCCCUGCCACCUCUUCCAGUCUUUGCAUCGUGAACGACGAGCUAUUUGUGAGGGAAGCCAGCCCCAGCGAACAUCAGAGUCUGCAUUUUCCAUCCCAGUGCCUCCUUCCUCUGCCAGCCUCAUGCUCAUCCUCUCCCCAGAGCAGCAGCGAAUUGUGUGGGCUUUCUCCACCCAGUAUGGGAUGAACCUCCAG